GAAAAAGGUAACGAAAUUGAAGAUAAGAUCCCAAUUGUAACUGACAAGAAGAAGAAGUAGAAAGCGACGGCAACAGACAAAGACACUAACCUCCUCUUGCGGCAGCUUUCUCUCUCUAACCCACGUCGGUUUCUCUCUCUCUCUCUAACCCACAAACUUUCCCUCUCUUCGAGACGCUUCAAAUACGACUCACAAAAGCAAUGACUCGAUAUCUCAAUUCGCAUUCUCUUCCUUUCCAUUGAUUCUCUAAGCUUCACAACAAUCACUCUCUCUCUCUCUCUCUCUCUCUCUCUCUUUCAAUUGCCGUAACAACCAUGGAGGAUGCGAAGCAGCUUCAGAAGCUUCAUUGUUCUGUGAAGAACUACGAUUGGGGUCUACCUGGGCGAGUUUCGGAGGUUGCAAGGCUCUUCGCGCUCAAUUCUGGGUCCCAAUUCGAUCCAGAGGAGCCUUAUGCGGAACUUUGGAUGGGUACCCAUGAUUCAGGGCCAUCGUUUCUGGUCUCCAAUGGUUCCCCAAGGGUCACCCUUAAGGAUUGGAUUUCUCAGAACCCUGAUGUUCUUGGCGACAAGGUUCUUCAAAAAUGGGGUUCUGAUCUCCCUUUCUUGUUUAAGGUGCUGUCUGUGGCGAAGGCCUUGUCUAUACAGGCUCACCCUGAUAAGGAGUUGGCUAGGACUCUGCAUAAAUUGCAGCCUAAUGUGUAUAAGGAUGGGAAUCACAAACCCGAGAUGGCAUUGGCAAUGACAGAUUUUGAGGCUCUUUGUGGAUUUAUCACUCUUAAGGAGCUUAAGGCUGUGCUUCAUACUGUUCCUGAGGUUGUGGAACUGCUUGGUGCUGCAAAUGCAAACCUAGUCUUACAAACUAGUGAUCAGGAUGGUGAAGAGAAGGUUAAACAUGUUUUGCAAGCAGUGUUUACCCACCUCAUGUCAGCUAGUAAAGAGAGAGUAACUGAUGCAGUUAACAGACUGAAAAGUCGUCUGCAUAAGGAAAGUGAGGUGAGGCAGUUGACAGAUAAGGAGCAGCUUGUGCUGCGUUUGGAAAAGCAAUACCCAGUUGAUGUUGGUGUCAUAGCAGCCUUUUUUCUUAACCAUGUAAAACUCACUCCAGGUGAAGCUUUGUUUCUAGGGGCAAACGAACCACAUGCAUAUUUAUCUGGUGAGUGCAUUGAAUGCAUGGCAACUUCUGACAAUGUUGUGCGAGCUGGCCUAACUCCCAAACACAGAGAUGUCGAGACUCUUUGUUCCAUGCUCACAUACAAACAGGGUUCCCCUGAGAUUUUGCGAGGAGUUCCUCUAAAUCCAUAUGUAAAUAGAUAUAUCCCACCAUUCGAGGAAUUUGAGAUUGAUCGCUGUAUUCUUCCUCAAGGGGAAAAAAUGGUGUUCCCAGCAAUCCCAGGUCCUUCCAUCUUUUUGGUCACAGUUGGGAAAGGAAAGAUAAAUGCAGGAACAUCAUCCAAAGGACUUGCAAUCACUGAAGGUGAUGUUCUUUUUGCAGCGGCUUAUACUGAGAUUAGCGUUACUAGUGCAUCUGAGUUGCAUCUGUACAGAUCAGGGGUUAAUAGCAGAUUUUUUCAAGUUUCCUAAUUUUUUUUUUCAUAUGCUUUUUAGAGUAAAGUAAUGCAAUUCUGUGUUGCAUGUUUAGUGUAGAUGCAAGAGUAAUAAGAUCACAUAGCAUAUCGAGUCUGAGAAAAGUUAAUUAUAGAGAGGCCGGUUGCCAUUCGUUUAUUGUUCAUAAUAAUUCAAGCAAGUUAAAUGCCCUUUAAGAU